AUGCUCACUGUCAACUUAUACAUCGAGACCGUUGAAAGUCAUUGUUAUUCCUUCGAAAUUAUGCUAUCUACAGGUUCGUCGUCGAACGGAUUCUUUCAAUUCGUCUCUUAUCUUCUCUUACUUAUCUGUUGUGUCGUUGUUGUCACAUCCUACAGAAUCGAGCACCGACCAUUUGAAAAUCGAAAUGAACGCGCUGUAACGGAAUGGCGCUUUCGACGUAAUUUUCUAUUUCCAAUUCCUUAUUUUUAUCCGAACGAUGCGAAUGAACAUUUCGGUAGCAAUGAGGAUGUCGAGAACGAAAAUGAUACGAAGAACUAUCGUGUCCGAUAUGCUCCUCAUCUCAUCUACGAUCAAACUAAUUGA